AUGACUGACGGACUGUUUGUGAUGGGUAUGUGCUACAAAAGCUUGCGCGUAACGAGCAAUCCUAUCGAUAGCAACCAGGCCCUGCUUGCAGUUGGAACAUAUGGACCUUUCAAUGCCACCGCAACGCAAGGUUACACCACAGUUUUCGACAAAAGCGGAGGAGGACAGAUCCAAUCUGCUGCUGGCAAUCUUCCGACAGCUCCAGGAAGCAAUGUGCCACCAGUUUCACUUGAUCCACCUAUGGCUGUCAGCAUGAACGGAAUCAAGCUAACCUCAGACGCAAUACCCGUCACCAUGGAGUCUUUUGGUUACAUCCUCGACAAGGCAGCCAAUGGCUCUACUAUUAUCUAUUCCAUUAACCCAAGCCAGUCGAGCACAUUGAAUACCGUCUACGUUUCAGGACCCUCACUUCCGUUCUCAAACAUCCUGGCCGCCUCGAGCCUCAACAGUGGAAUCCUUACAUACUCAUCCAAUGGCACCAUGGCGUCCUUCAACGUCUUUGAUGUCAAUAGUAGCACUUGGUCCGGAAAUGGUCUGGUCUCGGCAGCUGUAGUGGAUCCUAACUCGACAUCCUCGACACCUCUUGGGGCCAUCAUCGGAGGCAUUGUUGGAGGUCUCCUUGUCAUUGCCCUCACAAUCUUCUUCCUCGUCCGACGCCGCCGCCAGGGUGCUCAGAAAUCAGCUAACAGCGCCGAACUUGCCUGUUUGAACUCUGGCGAGGCCAAGGCAGCUGGCUUUGACCAAGGAUACGUUCAGUACGACCACGGAUAUGUCCAGUACAACGAAGGAUACAUCCAAUACGACCAAGGAUAUCAGCAGACACCCACCUUUUUUCCUCCUCCACCAACGCCCAUCAGCCAAGGCGCAGACGACUCGUACAAGGCGGAUGCUCCAGCUAGCUCGACCAAUCCCUACGUCAGCCCAACCUCAUAUAGAGAAUCUGCUUCUCACCCAGUAGAAAGUCCUGAAAGUCUUUUUUCCAGGCCCGUAAAAUUGUCAGUCAGUCAUGGCCCUCAGUACGUUCCAAACAGCUCUGUUGCGGCGUCCGAUACUCGAUCCCCUCAACUCGUCUCCAGUGCAACUGACAGUACAUAG